AUGUUCUUCGGUGCAUCAGCAGACAUCCCCCUGGAAGGUAAUGAGAAGAUCUUACAAGAUGAACCAGACGUUCAAUGUCGCAAUCAACCACAAAUAUUCCGGGGUAUGGAAUACCCGCCAGGAACGAAAUACGAUUUGGAGUACGCAGAUCUUGAUGCGCUUGAUAUCUCACGCCUGGACACUCUCGAAGGGAAGCAGGAGCUCGCAGCCAAAGUCUCAUCCUUCGUUAGCAAGAAUGCAUUCUUCUACGUGAAAGGACAUGGUCUGACUGGAGAUCGAAUCAAGCGUCAGUACAGCAUUGCCAGAGAGCUGUUCAACCUUCCACUCGAAGAAAAGCUUCACUACCUCGCCAACACCAGAGCUGGUGACUUUCGUGGAUAUAAGCCAAGAUCAACAGGUGAACUCGGAGCUAGAGACAACGAUGAGAGAUACAACAUCCCUAAACUCACGCCUGAGCAUGGACGACUCCGUCCCCAAUUGAUCCACGACCAUCUGGAAGAGAUCAAAGACUUCUCUUUGCAUAUACAUGAUCAGAUACUUGUGCCUCUUCUGCAACUGUUCGCAUACAUCCCAGAAAUCGACGAAGACUACUUCGUCAGCCGUCAUCGCUACGAAGCCAAAGGACUAGAGUAUCUGUCAUACAUGCAAUACUUGCCACGCACAGAAGCAGAAGAUGCAGCCGUCAACAACAUCUGCCCCAGAGGUCAUGCAGACUAUAACGCCUUGACUUUCCUUUUCCAUCAACCUGUAUCUGAUCUUCAAGUACAGACUCCUGAUGGCUGGAAAUAUGUCAAGUCUUUUGAAGACACUAUCAUUGUCAAUGUUGCUGAUGCGCUAGAAUUCUGGAGUAGAGGCUAUCUCAAGUCGACAGUUCAUCGAGUGAUUCGACCUCCGCCAGAUCAAGCUGAUAAGCCUCGUUUGAGUCUGAUCUACUUUGCCAGACCAGAGGCCGAUAUUGAACUUGCACCUGUGCAGAGUCCACUCUUGCAGCGACUCGGUCUCCAAUCGAGCACCGAAGAUGUCCCAAGGGGUGUUACAGCCGAAGAAUGGGCAAGAGCACGAAUCGCCAAGGACCACAGAUUUAGGACUGGAGUGGUCCAGAAAGGGGAAGGAGAAAUCAUCGCAGGCGUACAGGAGAAAUUCUACGACUGA